AUUCAAGUAUUAUUUAAUAUAUAUAUCGAUGUAUAAAGUGGCUACUACAUAUGUACUACACAUUCGGCCAGUACCCACAUGCAAAACCCAUUUUCAAUCAUUUUAGCUCAGUCGAAAUGGCAAAAGAUGAGGUUGCGGCUACAAGCAAAAUUGUGUUGUCUGCAGGUUUCAAGAAAAAAAUGAUGCUGCCAUCAGUGUAUUAUAAGAAGAUAAAACAAGAGAAAUCAGAAUGGGCAAUCUUGAAAACCCCUAAAGGAAAGUGGAGAGUGAAAGUGUGUAGAGAUGAUGAUGGUGACAUCUUCUUCAAAAAUGGAUGGUCAGAAUUCGCCGACGAAAACGCCUUCAACAACCACGAUUCCUUGGUGUUGGAACACACCUGCAAUCUAAUGUGCUUCAAUGUUAACGUUAACGUUGCUGACGUCGCUGCUGUCUCUACGCCGCCGCAAAAUCGAGGCAGCUCUCAGGCCAAGAGCUGCAAAGGAAAGGAAAAGAAGAAAGAUGUGGUAUCUCCCCACACCCACACCCACAGCCAGUGGCCGCAAUUCUUCAGAAAGCGAAUGACGGAUUAUUGUGGCACAAAAGGAGCCAUGGUGCAUAUCCCGCUAGAAUUAGCGAGGUCGAAUAAUUUGACAAGCAAGGAAAGCGUAAGUUUAAUGGAUCCUGGAGGGAAAGAAUGGGCGUUUAAACUCCAGAUUCAAAAUGACUUACUCACCGGAAAAUUACGGCGGCUGUUGAUUAGCGGGUGGCAUAAGUUCUACGUCGCUAAUCACCUCAAAUCUGGAGAUGUCUGCGAAUUCACACUCAACCCUGCUUCUUCAUCAACCUCCACUACUGCUUUCUUUCAUGUCCACAUCACUAGACUUGAUGAAUCCACUACUUCUUCUACCUAGACUUUAACUUAAUUCCAACUAUUCUCAUUCUAUGAAUUCUCAACAUCCAUCCUACAACUUCAGCUUAAUCAUGUUAUUAUGCAUUAACUCUUGCUUAAUUAUUGUUUAUGUAAUAUUGUGUAUUACUCCUAUUAGGUUGUUGAUAUUUUGUCUGUUUAUGUAAUAUUGUGUAUUACUCCUAUUAGGUUGUUGAAAGCAUAGGCUAGCUAUAUGGAUUUUCUCCAAAUAAAUAUAUUUAAUAGUUAUGAAGGCAUGAA